GCAAGUAAGCUCGUGUUUUCACUAUUUCUUUUCCAAUUUUGGCACUAUGCAAUGCCAAAUUCGACGACGGUUAAUGACUUUUCCCAACUAGAUGUAUCGAAUCGGACGACUCUAAACGUGAAACCGAUUGUUAGCACCACGACUAACUUUCCCCUUCAAAUUGGCAACAAGUUUUACCAUGUUGAGGACAAUUUAAAGACCAACUGGCAUCAGGCCGCACACAAUUGCCGAAAACUGGGAGGACAUUUGAUCAACUUUGAGACCAAUGCGGAAAUGGAUGCUAUAUUAGCGGCAGUCCCCACUUCCCGUUACUGGACAUCUGCAAACUGCCUGGGGAAGAACAGGGAAUGGAUUUCUAUCUCCACUGGUAUGCCAAUGCCCUUCUUAAAGUGGAUUAACAAGGAGCCAAACAAUAUGCUAGAACUUUGUGUGGAACUCAAGAUAACUGCUCUCAACGACGCAUUUUGUAACCUUUCAUUUAAUUAUAUAUGUGAAGCCAAGGUAAUAUAAGAAAAUAAAACUGUA